GAGAUAUGCUGACGGGCACCAGACGCUGAACAUAAAACAUGUUGCCGUGCAAUUGACAGCUGCGAAAAAAACAGUAAAGAAAAGAUAAACAUACUUCAAACAGUAAGGUAUUCAUACGUACUUGGGCUUAGCAAGAUGCUCGGCUUAUCGUUAGCAGUGUGUGCCGGAUUGUGUGCAGCCUGUGCCUCGGCAUUUGCCAAACUGGCCAUGUCGGGAGAGGAGAUCGCCCUCGUGUGUCAGAGCCUGGAAGAGUCUGUCGCCAUGGGAACGCUGAUGCCCAACUGCUCAGUGGUCACGACAGUUCUACGUGGCAUAUCAUUCUCCCUUCUGUUUCUCUUCAAUGCAAUCAUGUGGACCUUGUUUGUCAAGUCACUACAGCUAGCCAGGUCAUCACUAGAGGCAACGAUUACCAACAGCUCAGCUAACUUGUUCUUUACAGCAGUGAUUGGUUAUGUGGUAUUCGGCGAGGCGUUGUCGCUGACUUGGGGUCUGGGAUCCACAUUCAUCAUCCUGGGCCUGUGGAUGAUUCACAGGGGCGGAAGGACCAAGGACGAAGCUAAGGAAAGGUGAUGGACUGCGGCAAACAGCGAAUGGUUUGAAGGUUCGAGGUCGGCUUAUUUAAGAAAUGUUGAGGGCAGUUUGUGAAGUCUUCUCAUGAGAGUCAAGUGAGUGCACUGUAAUGGAUCUAAGAAGGACCUGUUUUAACCACUUUGUGCCAGGAUUAUUUUUGCCGAACAUUUUGCUUGUUGGCACAAUUUUCCAGCCAACUUCUGAUAUAUGGCCAAAACGCCACAAAUACUGAUUCGCUAGAGUAAUUUCAACAGUAUUUGUACGAUAUUUCUUGCUGGAACCUCAUAUGUUUCAACACUCCGAGGUGGGCACUGGAGUGUAUAUUGUACAACAAUAGAGAGGUUUCGCAUGCAAAUGGAUACGUUUAGUGCGACGGAUACGUCAUCAGUUAUGACGUCAUACGCCACUCACUGUCCGCUAAACGUGCAGACGACACGCAUAUCUCGCUCGCUACACGUAAGUAAAAACGGAUACGGAUAGCUAUAAACGCAAGCGUAAGCGUAUCCGUUCGCUUGCGAAACCUCCCUUUUAGGCAGUACACAGCGACCAAUUCAAGAUCAACACACAGUCCACCUCCACAGACUUCACUGACUUUGUGUGUGUGUACAAAAGGCAUGAGGAAUGAGCGUGUUUAAACGUCCCCAGAGUCGAGUCGAGGCAAUCUGGACGUCUUAACCUGUCAGCUGUGCCUGUGUAUAAAAACGACCAGUGCGUGUUAUCACGUCCUCCAACGCGAACGAGUUAUAAGGGCACUAUGUAAUCUACUCACCAGACCCUAUGGCUCCGUUCA